AUAAACUAUUAGGUAUAUAUCAAGUGUGUAGAGACAUUUUUUCUUGUGAACCCUAAUCUAUCAGGAUUGGUCUCAUUGAAUCCUGGGAGGAUUGCCGUUGAAUGUGUUAAAGUGGCUUCAAAAAUAGAAAUGCUGGAGGCUCCUGCGACAACAAAAGACAUGAUGGAAACAGAAAUAAAAAUAUCGUCGCUGCCCUCGCCUCUUAAGUGUUCGGAGUCGAUGAAAGACUUUUUACACUGGGUAAGGGUUGAUGAAAACCGGGUAGAUAUUGAAGUUCAUUCAGGUUGGAUAGAUAAACAGUACACACAAUGCGAAGAUUUCAUUAUCCACCCCGAAUUGAAAGACUUCAAAGGUUAUAAAAGUUUGUAUCCGAGUGCCGUCAAAGGUCAAUGGGGAGAUGUCCUUGACAUAUGUCAUAACGAAAUGUUUUUAACUACAGUCCCAAUCACCAAUUCCUUGGACACGGUAUUCCACCUAGCAACCUCUGAUGACCGAGAUGAUAUUUUUGAACAACUUCUACAACUAUUACCUCAGGAAAGUUUACGCAUAGCAAGUGCUUUAAGAAGGAAAAACAAGAAAGGAAAUAAUCUUCUCCACAUUGCAGCAUCAGUGGGGAGUGUGUCGCUAUGUCGCUGCAUCAUUGGCAUCUCAAAAUCAAUGAUAAAUACUUAUAACAAUGAAGGUGAGUCCCCUCUCUUCGUAGCAGCACUUCAUGGUCACAAAGACGCUUUCCUUUACCUCCAUUCUGAAUGCGGCCCUAAAGAACACUACUGUAUAAGAAGAAAUGGUGACACCAUUCUCCACUGUGUUAUCGCUGAAGAACACUAUGAGUUGUCCUGCAAAAUACUUGAUUUGUAUGAAGAGCUGGUAGAUUUUACGAAUAAUAAAGGCAUAAGCCCUCUCCAUCUCCUAGCACAUAAGCCUUCCGCCUUCAAAAGUGGCAGCCAUCUUGGAUGGUUUGAAGAAAUCAUUUAUCACUCAAUUGUCGGAAUAGGGGAACAGGAACUAAUUAGCGAAGCAGAAAAGAAGAAUUUAAGAUCAAAAGCUAUCCACGGAGGAUCCAACGGGGCUCUAUGGGAGCAAUUUCCACCUAAUUACACAGCCUGCUUUGAGUUUGUAAAACUUGUAUUUGAGGCCGUGCCAUCAAUCUUUAGAAAAUGCACAAGGAAGAAAGCUGAUAUAGAGAACCCUGGACCCGAUGUUACCCAAGAAGGACACCCAUCACCCUAUCGAGUUCAUGAGGGGCAUCGAUUACAACUUCCACCUAAUUACAGAACCUGCUUUUCGCUUGUAAAAGUUGUCUGCAAGGCAGUGCUCAUAAUACUCGGAGCUCCGGAGACGGUAAGGAAGGUAAGGACGAUGAAGGUGAGGAAUGAAUGGUCUAUUCGGAUCAUGAACAAACUUUUGAAGAACACUUCAAUGUAUCAAUUUUCAAAAGACAUACCUUCAUUUUCGAACACUUCAAUGUAUCAAUUUUCAAAAGACAUACCUUCGUUUUCGUCCCUCUAUCCAAUGGUACCUGAUCAUGCAAAAUCUCAAAAAGAUGAUGAGGGUAACCCUUAUGGUGUCAUAGAAACUGAACUCGGUUUAACUGAGAAGUAUCAGCGCACUCUACUUGCCAACUUAAAUGAAGAGCGUGGAAAAGAUAUUGAAGAGCUUGAUAAAAGCUUAAAACCUAUGAUGCCCGUGCAAGGUUUGGAUAACAGUGAUCAGUCAAAGGCAAAAAGCGUAGAGGAGGAAGACAUUAAUCUGUCAGAGCUAACACCCAUACUAGUUGCAGCUUGGAAUGGAGUUACUGAAAUGGUUGAGACAACCCUCAGGAAAUAUCCCAUGGCCAUGUAUGACAUGGAUAAACACCAAAAGAACAUAGUGCUAUUGACGGCGGAGCAUAAGCAACCUUGUGUAUAUAAGCUCCUACUCUCGCUCAAGGAAGAGAAAAUUAUUAAAAAAAGUGUAUUUUGUGAAGUGGAUAAUAAGGGGAAUAGUGCAUUGCAUCUUGCCGCAAAGAGCACAAAUUUUAAUUGGCCAGUUCCUGGAGCCUUAUCCCAAAUGCAAUGGGAAAUCAAAUGGUACGAGUAUAUACAGAAAUCAUUGCAAAGAAACUUCCAUUUUCUUGACAACGAUAAUAGCCAAACCCCAGAGGAGAUCUUCACUAAAAACCACCAAGAUCUUGUUGGAAAGGGAGGGAGCUGGCUAAACAACACAUCGAAUGCAUGCUCAGUUGUAGCAGGUCUCUUUGUCACAAGUACCUUUUCCACCGCAACCAACUUACCUGAUGCUAUUAAAAACGAGGCUUACGAUAAGGCAUCCAAAAUUUAUGCUGGCUCAUCCUUUGUGUCCUUCUAUUCUUCACUCAUAGCAGUUGUCAUGUUCCUUGCAAUUCCCACAUCUGGGUGUAGAGAAAGAGAUUUCCGCCACGCCUUACCACGGAAGCUUUUGCUGGGUUUAACAGCAUUCUACAUUUCCAUAGCUUCUACCUUGGUGUCCUUCACAACCGGACAUUUCUUCAUCUUUAGGGAUCAACUAAAAUUUGUGUCUUCCACCUCGUAUAUAGUGACCUACGCAUUGGUGACCGUGUCUUCUAUGGCAGUGUUUCCACUCUACUUUCAUUUGGUGUGGGCUACCUUCAAGAAUGAGCUACAACGUAAAUACAGGGUUAAUAUUCCUCACUGGCUUUUGGAAGAUUAACUAGUAUUUACAUACCUAUCUUCUUCAAGAGUCUGAUUGAUACACUUUCUCCAAUAAUAUUUAUGCUGAACUUGUAUUGUGUAUUCUAUUUCAAUAAAGAAAAACAUAUUUAU